AAACAUUAAUUAAUAAAAAGAAAAAGAAAAUUAUAUCACCAGCUCUCUCAGACAGUGGGCGCUUCUUCUUCGUUGUUGAGCUGUUUGGUUGCUGCUUCAGUGUGGCCUGCCUCUCUCUCUCUCUCUCUCAUGCUCGCUUUUGGUUUACGUAUGCACCAAACAGCUACCGCAUCUCUCACUCUCUCAAGGGGGCUGUGAGGUAGAUCUGGAGAAGGGCAAGGGCUGUGUUUGUAGAUUUUUCGGUGAAGAUUGAAGAUUAGCAAAGCUGGCAACCACGGCGGGUUGGAGGUUUGCUGCCAGCAAUGGCAGCACCCUUGCCACUAAUGAUCUGGAAAGAAAUGGGGAUUCAAAGGUUCAAGAUUCAGAGCCUCCAACGCCACACACACUCAUAAAAAUGGGAUCAAGAGAGCGUAGUAACAUGGAGGAUCCAGAUGGGACAUUGGCAAGUGUUGCCCAAUGCAUUGAGCAGCUGCGUCAAAGUUCCUCAUCUGUAUCAGAGAAGGAGUAUAACUUAAAACAAUUGCUGGAGCUGAUUGGAACUCGUGAAAACGCUUUCAGUGCAGUUGGAUCUCACUCGCAAGCAGUUCCUGUACUUGUUUCUCUUCUCCGAUCAGGAUCAGUUGGAGUUAAGAUACAAGCCGCUACUGUUUUAGGUUCUCUUUGUAAGGAGAAUGAACUAAGAGUGAAAGUCUUGCUUGGGGGGUGCAUUCCACCAUUGCUUGGUCUACUUAGGUCCACCUCAGCAGAGGGCCAAAUUGCAGCAGCAAAGACCAUCUAUGCUGUUUCUCAAGGUGGUGCAAGGGAUCAUGUUGGUUCAAAAAUUUUCUCAACUGAAGGAGUUGUGCCAGUGCUUUGGGAGCUACUAAGGAAAGGGAUCAAGACUGGCAGCUUGGUUAAUAGCUUGUUGACGGGAGCGUUAAAGAAUCUAUCGACCAGCACUGAGGGUUUCUGGGCUGCAACAUUACAAGUUGGAGGAGUUGAUAUACUUGUGAAGCUGCUCACAACUGGACAGCCAAACACUCAAGCUAACGUGUGCUUUCUUCUCGGAUGUAUGAUGAUGGAAGACGCAUCUGUUUGUUCAAAGGUUCUGGCUGCAGAGGCUACAAAGCAGCUUCUCAAGCUUUUAAGCUCUGGCAAUGAAGCUUCUGUUAGAGCAGAAGCUGCAGGUGCUCUUAAAUCUCUUUCUGCCCAGUGUAAAGAAGCAAGGCGAGAGAUAGCCAACUUCAAUGGUAUUCCUGUGUUGAUAAAUGCUACUAUAGCCCCUUCAAAAGAAUUCAUGCAGGGUGAGUAUGCUCAGGCAUUGCAGGAAAAUGCCAUGUGUGCUUUAGCAAAUAUUUCUGGUGGUUUGUCAUAUGUGAUCUCGAGUCUUGGUCAAAGCCUUGAAUCAUGCACUUCGCCUGCCCAAAUUGCUGAUACAUUAGGAGCUUUGGCUUCAGCUCUAAUGAUAUACGAUAGCAAAGCAGAAUCUACUAGAGCAUCAGAUCCUGUUGUUAUUGAGCAGACUUUGGUUUCACAGUUCAAGCCUAGCUUACCAUUUCUUGUGCAGGAGCGAACCAUAGAGGCCCUUGCAAGUUUGUAUGGGAAUACUGUACUCUCAGUUAAACUCAACAAUUCAGAAGCAAAACGGUUGCUUGUUGGUUUGAUCACAAUGGCAACAAAUGAAGUUCAGGAUGAGCUUAUGAGAGCUCUUCUAGCUCUUUGUAAUAGUGAAGGAAGUCUAUGGCGCGCCCUUCAAGGACGCGAAGGGGUUCAGUUGUUGAUAUCACUUCUUGGGCUUUCAUCAGAACAGCAGCAAGAAUGUGCAGUUGCACUCCUUUGCCUUCUUUCUAAUGAGAAUGAUGAAAGUAAGUGGGCUAUUACUGCUGCUGGUGGCAUACCUCCUCUUGUUCAAAUUCUAGAGACGGGAUCUGCAAAAGCCAAGGAAGAUUCAGCAUCCAUCCUUCGGAACCUAUGCAAUCACAGUGAAGAUAUAAGGGCAUGUGUUGAAAGUGCUGAUGCAGUUCCUGCUCUAUUGUGGCUUCUGAAGAAUGGAAGCCCAAAUGGAAAAGAAAUUGCAGCAAAGACUUUAAACCAUUUAAUCCAUAAAUCUGACACAGCAACCAUCAGCCAACUCACUGCAUUAUUGACCAGUGAACUACCUGAAUCUAAGGUAUAUGUUUUGGAUGCUUUAAAAAGUAUGCUGUCUGUGGUCCCUCUCAGUGAUAUAUCGCGUGAAGGUAGUGCUGCUAAUGAUGCAAUUGAGACAAUGAUAAAAAUAUUAAGCUCAAAUAAAGAAGAGACUCAAGCCAAGUCUGCAUCAGCUUUAGCUGGAAUAUUUGAAGCUAGAAAGGACUUGCGGGAAAGUAGUGUGGCUGUUAAAACUCUUUGCUCUGCUAUCAAGUUGCUUAAUGUUGAGUCUGGUAAUAUCCUUGCAGAGGCAUCACAUUGCCUGGCAGCAAUAUUCCUUUCCAUUAAAGAGAACCGGGAUGUGGCUUCUGUUGCUAGAGAUGUAUUAUCUCCAUUGGUUCUGCUCGCUAACUCUUCGGUUCUGGAAGUGGCAGAGCCAGCAACAUGUGCUUUGGCUAACCUUAUUUUGGACAGCGAAGUCUCAGAAACAGCAGUGGCUGAAGACAUUGUUAUCCCAGCUACUAGAGUUCUGCUUGAUGGUACAGUCUCUGGAAAGACCCAUGCGGCAGCAGCCAUUGCUCGCCUGCUCCACUCUCGCCAAAUCGACCAUGCCUUGACUGAAUGCAUGAAUCGUGCUGGAACAGUUCUUGCAUUAGUUUCAUUUCUAGAAUCUGCUAAUCAUGGAUCUGCCAUUUCGGAAGCACUUGAGGCACUUGCUAUUCUGUCCAGGUCGGAACGAGCAAGUGGAGAGAAAAAACCAGCAUGGGCAGUUUUAGCUGAAUUUCCGAAAAGCAUAACCCCUAUAGUUUUAUCCAUUGCGGAUGCAACACCCUUGUUGCAGGAUAAAGCUAUUGAAAUAUUAGCAAGACUUUGCAGAGAUCAACCUGUUGUACUGGGAGACACUGUUGCCACUGCCUCAAGAUGUGUACCAUCUAUUGCCAAAAGGGUGAUCAAUUCAUCAAACUCAAAGGUCAAGAUUGGAGGUGCCGCACUCCUUAUCUGUGCUGCGAAAGUUAGUCAUCAGAGAGUUGUAGAAGAUCUUAGUGAAUCAAACUUAUGUACCCAUCUCAUUCAAUCUCUCGUUGCAAUGCUGAACUUUUCGGGAUAUAUUGGGGAUGGUGAAAAGGACUAUAUCAGUAUUGAUUUACAUAUGAAAGAAGAAUUAAAGGAUGAUGGAUCUUCAUCAAGCACAGGAGUCAUUGAUGGUGUGAAUAUAGCUGUAUGGCUACUCUCUGUUCUUGCUUGUCAUGAUGAUAAAUGCAAAAUUGCCAUUAUGGAGGCUGGUGCUGUGGAAGUCCUCAAUGACAGGAUCUCAUAUUGUUUUUCCAAUUACUCUCAGAUUGAUUUCAAAGAAGAUAGCAGCAUAUGGAUUUGCACUAUGCUGCUGGCAAUCUUGUUUCAAGACAGAGACAUCAUACGGGCACAUGCAACCAUGAAAUCCAUACCUGUACUUGCGAAUUGGUUGAAGUCAGAGGAAUUAGUCGACAGAUACUUUGCUGCACAAGCAAUGGCUAGCUUAGUCUGUAAUGGUAGCAGGGGGACUCUUUUAUCUGUUGCAAAUUCCGGAGCAGCCAACGGACUUAUCUCGCUACUGGGAUGUGCCGAUGCUGAUAUUAGUGACCUCUUGGAGUUGUCAGAAGAAUUUGGUUUAGUGCGUUACCCUGAGCAAGUUGUUCUAGAGAGGCUGUUCAGGGUUGAAGAUAUAAGGGUUGGUGCUACUUCUAGGAAAGCAAUACCUGCACUUGUUGAUCUUCUCAAACCAAUUCCAGAUCGUCCUGGAGCACCAUUUUUGGCACUUGGGUUUCUUACUCAGCUUGCAAAGGAUUGCUCAUCAAAUAAAAUAGUUAUGGUAGAAUCAGGAGCUCUGGAAGCGUUGACCAAGUAUCUUUCACUUGGUCCACAAGAUGCAACAGAAGAAGCUGCUACAGAUCUGUUGGGUCUACUAUUUGGUAGUGCUGAAAUAAGGAAACACGAAUCUGCAUUCGGUGCUGUCAGUCAACUUGUGGCAGUUUUACGGUUAGGUGGAAGAGCUUCAAGGUACAGUGCUGCUAAAGCAUUGGAAAGCUUAUUCUCUGCUGACCAUAUAAGGAAUGCAGAAAGUGCUCGACAGUCUGUCCAACCCUUGGUGGAGAUUCUUAAUACUGGUUCUGAGAAGGAGCAGCAUGCUGCAAUUGCGGCAUUGGUUAGGCUGCUUAGUGAAAAUCCAUCAAGAGCCUUAGCAGUUGCAGAUGUUGAAAUGAAUGCAAUAGAUGUUCUUUGCAGGAUUCUUUCAUCAAAUUGUUCGAUGGAGCUGAAAGGGGAUGCUGCCGAGUUGUGUUGUGUUCUAUUUGGAAAUACGAGAAUCAGGUCAACAAUGGCUGCAGCUCGAUGUGUUGAGCCUCUGGUGUCUCUUCUUGUUACCGAGUUCAGCCCGGCACAACAUUCAAUUGUCCGUGCCUUGGAUAAACUUGUUGAUGAUGAGCAACUGGGUGAACUCGUUGCCGCUCAUGGUGCAGUAAUUCCUCUUGUUGGUCUUCUCUAUGGUAAGAAUUACUUGCUUCAUGAAGCUAUUUCGAGAGCUCUGGUGAAAUUAGGGAAAGAUAGGCCUGCUUGUAAAUCGGAGAUGGUGAAAGCUGGUGUUAUUGAAAGCAUACUUGACAUCCUCCACGAAGCACCCGAUUUUCUCUGUGCUGCUUUUGCAGAAUUGCUCCGGAUACUGACCAACAAUGCAAGCAUUGCUAAGGGACCUUCUGCUUCAAAAGUGGUUGAGCCACUUUUCCAGCUUCUAACUAGACCAGAAUUUGGACCUGAUGGGCAGCACAGUUCAUUACAGGUUCUUGUCAAUAUUUUGGAGCAUCCACAGUGUCGUGCUGAUUAUAGGUUGACAUCCCACCAGGCUAUUGAACCACUUAUUCCACUACUUGAUUCUCCGGCUCCUGCAGUUCAACAAUUAGCGGCUGAGCUUUUAUCACAUUUACUCUUUGAAGAACAUCUGCAAAAGGAUACAGUGAUACAGCAAGUGAUUGGUCCUCUCAUUCGGGUCCUUGGCUCUGGUAUACAUAUAUUGCAGCAAAGAGCUGUGAAGGCACUUGUCAGUAUUGCACUAACAUGGCCGAAUGAAAUUGCUAAAGAGGGUGGUGUCACUGAGCUGUCCAAGGUGAUAUUGCUAUCAGACCCAUCACUUCCAAAUACCUUGUGGGAAUCAGCUGCUUCUGUUUUAUCAAGCAUCCUGCAAUUCAGUUCUGAAUUUUAUUUAGAAGUGCCAGUAGCUGUGUUGGUAAGGUUGCUUCGGUCUGGAUCAGAAGGCACCGUAGUUGGUGCACUGAAUGCUCUUCUGGUACUGGAAAGCGAUGAUGCAACCAGUGCGGAAGCAAUGGCUGAAAGUGGUGCCAUAGAGGCUCUUUUGGACCUCCUCAGAUCUCAUCAGUGUGAAGAAACAGCUGCAAGGCUGUUGGAAGUCUUGUUGAAUAAUGUGAAGAUCAGAGAAACUAAGGUUACCAAGGCGGCCAUUUUACCAUUGUCUCAGUACCUCUUGGAUCCACAAACCCAAGCUCAGCAGGCAAGGUUGCUAGCAACUCUAGCUCUUGGUGACUUAUUCCAGAAUGAGGGGCUUGCCCGAAGUACUGAUGCUGUGUCAGCUUGUCGUGCGCUGGUAAAUGUGCUUGAAGACCAACCUACUGAAGAAAUGAAAGUUGUAGCAAUAUGUGCUUUGCAAAACCUUGUGAUGUACAGUCGGUCUAAUAAAAGAGCAGUUGCUGAGGCUGGUGGUGUUCAAGUUGUGUUGGAUCUGAUUGGUUCAAGUGAUCCAGAUACGUCCAUUCAGGCUGCAAUGUUUAUUAAACUUCUCUUUUCAAAUAACACCAUUCAAGAGUAUGCUUCUAGUGAGACAGUAAGGGCCAUCACCGCUGCUAUUGAGAAGGAUUUAUGGGCGACUGGAACUGUGAACGAGGAGUAUCUGAAGGCUCUGAAUUCUCUUUUUAGCAAUUUCCCACGUUUGAGAGCCACAGAGCCUGCAACUUUAAGCAUUCCUCAUCUAGUGACAUCCCUCAAGACAGGAUCCGAGGCAACUCAGGAAGCUGCAUUGGAUGCACUGUUUCUUCUAAGGCAAGCUUGGUCAGCAUGCCCAGCUGAAGUGUCUAGGGCUCAAUCAAUUGCUGCUGCUGAUGCAAUUCCUUUGCUGCAAUACUUAAUUCAGUCUGGCCCGCCUCGAUUUCAAGAGAAAACAGAAUUUUUAUUACAAUGUUUGCCGGGGACAUUGGUGGUCAUAAUCAAGCGUGGAAAUAAUAUGAAGCAGUCAGUGGGAAACCCCAGUGUAUUUUGUAAACUUACACUUGGCAACACUCCACCUAGGCAAACCAAGAUUGUUUCAACGGGCCCUAAUCCGGAAUGGGAUGAGAGCUUUUCAUGGUCCUUUGAGAGUCCCCCUAAAGGCCAGAAGCUCCACAUAUCUUGCAAGAACAAGAGCAAGAUGGGAAAGAGUUCAUUUGGGAAGGUUACUAUCCAGAUUGAUCGAGUGGUAAUGCUAGGAGCAGUUGCUGGGGAGUAUACACUAUUGCCGGAAAGCAAAAGUGGACCAUCACGGAAUUUAGAAAUAGAAUUCCAGUGGUCUAACAAAGUAACAAGUAACGAACAGUGUUGAAGUUUUGCCAUUCUUCGAAUUGAAUCGAUAGGGCGAAGUCUUGUUUGAAACGGGAAUUUUUUUUUUUGGCUUCUGUUCAUUCUGGAGUAUUUAUAAGUCAGUGUACAUAGCAUCCCAAAGAUUUUGAUAUAUAUAUUUUUUGUUUCGUUUGUCAACAGAACAUUAUGUAGUCAUUUGUGAAUGUAUUCUUUUGUAACCAUUACUAUUGAUUUUCGCGUGCUUGUCAAUGUUGAAGAGGAAAUAAUAAAGUUGCUUUUAUGCCUUGUAAAAUUUGUUCACAAACAUCAUUGAA